GAUUUAUCUGGAUCCAUUGACGACUUGCCGACUGGAACCGAAGCAACCCUGAGCUCAGCCGUUAGUGCAUCAGGCUCUACGAGCAGCCAAGGGGAGCAGAGCAACCCUGCACAGUCUCCAUUCUCCCCUCAUGCUUCUCCACAUCUCUCUGGCAUCCCCGGCGGCCCAUCGCCUUCCCCUGUAGGCUCUCCCGUUGGAAGCAACCAGUCAAGAUCUGGUCCCAUAUCGCCAGCGAGUAUUCCAGGCAGUCAGAUGCCACCGCAGCCUCCUGGCAGCCAGUCAGAAUCCAGCUCCCACCCUGCCUUGAGCCAGUCACCAAUGCCACAGGACCGAGGUUUUAUGGCAGGCAUACAGAGGAACCCCCAAAUGUCACAGUAUGGACCUCAGCAAACUGGACCUUCCAUGUCACCACACCCCUCACCUGGAGGCCAAGUGCAUCCUGGAAUCGGUAGCUUUCAGCAGAGUAAUUCAAGUGGUACUUAUGGGCCUCACAUGAGCCAGUACGGACCACAAGGAAACUACUCCAGACCACCGACAUACAGCGGCGUGCCCAACACAAGUUACAGCGGCCCAGGACCCGGCAUGGGUAUAAAUGCCAACAGUCAGAUGCAUGGACAAGGGCCAAGCCAGCCUUGCGGUACCAUGCCCCUGGGACGGAUGCCAUCAGCUGGGAUGCAGAGCAGACCAUUUCCUGGAAACAUGAGCAGUAUGACCCCCAAUUCUCCUGGCAUGUCUCAGCAGGGAGGCCCCGGGAUGGGCCCACCCAUGCCAACUGUGAACCGUAAGGCACAGGAGGCGGCUGCUGCAGUGAUGCAAGCUGCUGCAAACUCUGCUCAGAGCAGGCAAGGCAAUUUUCCUGCCAUGAAUCAGAGUGGAAUGAUGGGAUCCAGCUCCCCCUACACUCAGCCGAUGAACAACAGCUCUGGCUUGAUGAACCCGCAGGCUCCUUCGUACAGCAUGGCCCCCAACAUGGUGAACAGUUCAAAUG